GAAAGUAUCAGCUGAUUUGAGUCACAGUCUGUUCUGCCUUUGAUAGGUGAAGAGGUGAAGACAUGGGAUUGUUCCAGUCUGUUUUUGACAAAUCACUGAAUCCUGGAGACCUGAUCGAGGUCGACCGUGGGAAUUAUAAGUACUGGGCCGUUUACAUCGGAGGAAAUGAAGUGGUUCAUUUUGUUACAAAUGAUUCUGGUUCAGACAAGACUUCCUCUAAUGCAGAGGUGAAGCGCGAGAAGCUCAGUGACGUGCUCAAAGGUAACAGCUACAAAGUCAACAAUCUUCUGGACGACAAGUACGAGCCUCGCGACCCUGACGACAUCGUGAAAGACGCACGCAGCAGGAUUGGUCUGAAGUACAGAGUCGUCAAUUAUAACUGCAAAGACUUUGCAACCGAGCUGCGAUACGGCAAACCAGAGUCACGGGAGCCUGACAUGAAUCCUGGAGACCUGAUCGAGAUCGAUCGUGUGGUAUAUAGCCACUGGGCCGUUUACAUCGGAGAAGAUGAAGUGGUUCAUCUUGUUCAAAAUGAUUCUGGUUCAAAGACCAGUUUUUCAUCAUUUGGCAAGACGUCUUCAAAAUCAGAGGUGAGACGCGACAAGCUCAGUGACGUGCUCAACGGCUACAGCUACCAAGUCAACAAUCUUCUGGACGACAAGUACAAGCCUCGCAACCCUGACGUCAUCGUGAAAGAGGCCAAGAGCAGGAUUGGACCGUCAAAGUACGAUGUCGUCAUUUACAACUGCGAACACUUUGCGACAGAGAUGCGAUACGGCACAUCAGAGUCACGGCAGGUAAAUGAAUGGGCUGUCGCAGCAACAGGAACAACAGGACCAGCAGCAGUAGCAAUAGCAGGAGGAGCAGCAAUAGGAGGAGCAGCAGCAAUAGGAGGAGUAGUAGCAACAGCAGCGUCUGUUGUGGCGUUUCCUGUGGGGUUAGUGGUGAUAGCAGGGCUAACUGUGGCUGGGCUGUCACGAAUCUUGGAAAGAAAAAAAAAAUGAUUGAUCUUAUCUUUCCAAAUGAUUGUAUGUUGAUCUCAUGCAGGUAAAUGCAGGAGCACUGUUUAACUGUAACUGUUGUCAAAUCAUGUGACUUUUCCAUAAACAUUAAACUUUCCUUCAUGUGUCA